AUGGGCCUAGAGGACACCGGCAGCCGCAGAGAAGGGCCCUCCCGGGGGCCCCACAGCAUCCUCCACGCGGCCGGGCUCCGGUCCUCCACCCUGCGUCCCUCUCGAGGCUUCCUCGAAGGCGGCAGGGGCGUGGACGGCCCGGAGGAGGCCCAGGCCGCCGGUCCGCGGCUGGAAGAGCUCAAGCGGCGGCUGGUGCGCGCCUUCCAGCGGGCGGUGCUGCGCGGCAGCUCCAGGCGUUUGCGGGAAGAGGCGGCGGCGCGGGAGGCGCAGAGCCGGGCGCGCGUGGAGAGCGCCCUGGCCGGGCUGCGCGCCGAGCUGCUGGAAAUGCGUUUCCAGAAUCGUCAGCUGGCCAGAACUCUGCUGGAUUUAAACAUGAAAAUGCAACAACUGAAAAAGGAGGACGAAAUGGAAACUGCAUCAGAAUCGCAAAGCUCUGAAGAUAACGCUCAGAAUCUGGAAUGA